AUGCUCAAGGAGAGCGGACCUCGACUGGCGGUGCUGGUGGUGAUCACGUGGUUGGCUCACCUGAGCGAGCAGUACUUUUUCAACGGCAUCAAGUCCGGACUCGAUGCGGAUCUAAAACACUCUCUGUUCUUACGCCGUGUUGGCCAGUGUGAGGGUCAGCGCCAUUUGGCGAUCUAUCUGGCCGAUGCCCAGAUUGCCCAGCAAAACAACACACACUACAUCGUGAGCGGUGUGUUGACCGUGCGGCGGAAUAUUACCGACGGUCCGCUCGAGGGAACAGUGACGAUCGCGAUCUGCCAUAAUGAAACGCAGUGUCGACCGUUUAUCGAACCACCGGUUACGAUCGGUGACGUAUGUGAGCUAUUCACUAAUGGUUCGCGUAGCCACAGUAUCUUCGGGCAGAUCCUUGGCCAUAGUAUUCCAGAGCUGAGGUGCCCACUCUCGGAGGGGAUUUUUCGUCUGGUGGAUAUACCGUUGGAUUACAAACCAUUCCGCUAUUUCUCUCCGCACGUUAGUAAAAUCUGGCGCAUCGAUCUAUCCGGCGUCAGCCACGGUCGGCGUGUGUUCUGUGUGCGGAUCGAGAUGUUUGUGUACAGCUGGGAAGAUAUGCUUCCAAGGUAUUAG